CUUGAUGUUAACUUGGGUUAUAUGAGCUAUAGUGCAUUAACUCCGCCUGACCAAUUGUGAGACUGUUAGACACCUCAUACUACUUUUUAGUUUUACUGAUGGUUCAUGGAUCUAAACCUGUAACUCUUUGGCUACAUCCUCAAACGUAUACUGUUCAUAUGAUAACAUAUUUUUAACUGUGUUAAGUUUUACAUCAAUUAACCAAAUAAGUCCACUCCACUGCCUUUAAUAACAUGUCACUAUUAGACUUUUGAUAUGUAUUUGGUAUCAAACCGUUAGCUACUGAAUACUUUGUUUAUUCUGAGCUGAGAUCUAAACUUUUUCAUAAUUGAGUGGACACGGAACAGGGUCUCACUGCUUCCUUAUUCAGUGUUGUUUGUUAGCCAAUCAAAGACAGUCCUUCCUCUAAUUUUAAAAGACGUACAGAGGGUUUUUUUCAUUCAUGAAGACAAUUUGAUCGAGAUGGCAUCUCUCAUGUUUGCUUCAUGUCUGACUUGUCUUUUGGUUUGGAACAAAGGUACGUUUGGGUUUAAAUCCUAAGACUGUCAUGUAUAAACAUUGUUGUUUAAGUAAACUACUUUAUAAUAAUCCUAUAUCAGUAUAUCUGUAUGUUCCUGUUUUCUUUUCAGCUUUGGCAACAGAUCCUAAAGUGUCUAUUCGUCAAGACGGAGGUUUGAUAUUGGCUGAUGCUGGUGGCACAGUGACUUUACGAUGUUUCUAUGAAUGUAACACUCGAGCGGUGUUUCACUGGUAUAAACAAACUUUAGGUCAGAAACCAAAUCUGAUUUCUACCUUCUUUGUAAGUGAUACAACUGGCACCUUUCAAGGUGACUUCAAAAACAAUUCACGAUUUCUACUGGAAACUAAAAAUGGUAUUUACCACAUAACAAUCUCAGAUUUAUGUAUUUCAGACUCAGCUACUUAUUUUUGUGCCAGUAUGUUUAAAUACAACUUUGAAUUUGCUGAGGGCGUCACAGUCAGUGUUAAGGGUUCAGACUCCAACGUCCCAGCUCUUGUGCAUCAGUCAGUGUUUGGGAGCAUCCAGCCAGGAGGCUCUGUGACUCUGAACUGUUUAGUACAAACUGGGACCUGUGAUGGACAACACAGUGUUUACUGGUUCAAAGACUCUGGAGAAGCUCGUCCAGGAAUUAUUUACACCCACAGAGACAGAAAUGAUCAGUGUGAGAGGAAACCAGACACACGGACACACACCUGUGUCUACAACCUGCCUCUGGAAAGCCUGAAUGCUUCUCAUACUGGGACCUACUACUGCGCUGUCGCCUCAUGUGGACACAUUCUGUUUGGAAAUGGGACCAAGCUGGACCUCAGGUAUGUUGAUGAGUCCUUCAUGCUGGUGUGCGUCUUGAGUGGAGCCUCAGUGUUCACUACCCUCCUGGUGGUCUUCCUGGCUUACCCUGCUUAUAGAACAUAUAAGGCAAAUGGCUGCCAAUGCACAGACUUUAAAGAAAGAUCUCAACCGUCUUCUGCCCCAAAUGCAGAGGUUUAUGAAGAUGCAGAGAACCUCAAUUAUGGUGCAAUGAAGAGGAACCAGAUGAGCAGAUCAGCAAGACAGAGAGGUGACACAUGGAGUGAAUGUGUGUACUCUCAUGUGAGGAUGUAGGUUCCAGUCAACAGAACUUUUGGGUAUCACUUCAUAAACUGUACUGUACAAAGACCUACAAAGUUCAAAUCCAGAAAACUGCAUAAGUAAAAAAAAGAUCUACAUGUAUUAAUAUCUACUAAGUAUGAAUCUACGCAUGUUUGCUUCACACUUACCAAUCAACGUAGAAAUGAGCACAGGUGAAUGCAUAGCACACUCCUCCCAUGACACGCCUCUAUAUAAAUAUGUUAUAUCAUUUAAAUAUGGUCUGCGUCUGCGCAGUAUAGAGUUGGAUCAUAUGUCUACAGGUCCCACACAGCAGCAGAAAUUAACAAAAUAAAAGUGGUCUGACAGUAAAGGUGGAUGUGAAGCAAAAGCAUCAAAGCGUCACCAAAAGAGGCUGAGGAGAAGGAGAAACAAACCUUAUGACAUUGUUUAGCAACUAAUAGGAAGUUUUUACAUCAAAUCACCAACUUGUAUUGACACUGAAAACAGGAUGUACUUUGGGGGCGCAUAGAUUCUAUGCACAACAGGAAUUAAUAUUAAGACCAUUAAAUUAUUUACUGACCAAGAAACCACCAAUCUGGUUCCAGCUUCAAAUUUGCCAUGUUGUUUUUUAAAAUGAAUAGAUUGUGCAUUAAACCAGGCACCUCAUCACAAUGUUGCUGACUGUAGCUGCAUUUGUGCAUCACAGAUUAUUUGUACAUUGAUGAAAUAAAAAUGAUUUCUGUUGA